CAAGGAGAAUAGGGGGGAUCGCUGAUAUCUUCCUCGAGGAAGAGCAGAGCCGAGCGGCUAAAGAAUUGAAAUGUUGUGUCGUGUACUUUGUCUGUACUAGUUAGUAAAAAUAGAAAGAUUUAUUUCGCGCCUGCUCGACUUCUUAGACGAGCAUCAAAUUUAACCAUAACGGAUUUUCUAGUCAACCGAGCCGCCAAUGUGACGGUUUAAUGACGAAAUCUGUUACGUUGAAGGUGGCACAGACGCUGACAAGAUACUUAUGAGAUAUAUAUGAAGCUGUUUAGCUGGAUGCUGAUAGGAGGAUUUAUUAACGUAACGGCAUGCUUGUAAGAAUCUGGUUGCGCAUUGUUACAUGGGAUGAAUGAGGAAGAAUUAUUGAAACGAUCUGCCGCAGAGCGCGAUAGGAUUUUCAGUUGCUAUGAUCGUGGACGGGAGGGUGCUGAGAUUGAUCCCUGGGAGGAUCCUGGCUAUGAGGUCUAUCAUACUACAGAUAGAUAUGGAUUCAUACACGAUAAAAGAUUACCACAGAAGCCGGAUCCAUACGAGAUCAAAUUGCAUCAUGUGGAGAUGGAGAGGCUGAAAAAAUGGGAGAAAAUGACAAAGCAAUGGGACAGUGCCUCAACCAAGGAGAAAUUGCGUCGUAGAAUAUACAAAGGAAUUCCUAACAGAUUUCGUGGUCAAGUAUGGGCCCUACUUCUAGGUGUAAAAAAUUUGAAAAAGGAGCAAGCCGGCAAAUAUGAAGAGAUGCUGCAACUAGCCCGUCAAUGGUCUACCGAAAUACGGCAGAUUGAUGCCGAUGUCGCCAGACAAUACAGAGAUCAUAUUAACUAUAGAGAGAGAUAUAGUAUAAAACAAAAGUCCAUGUUUUACGUAUUGGCUGCCUACAGUAUGUAUAACAUGGAAGUAGGAUAUUGUCAAGGAAUGUCUGUAUUAGCUGGCCUGUUGUUACUUUACAUGGAUGAGGAAGAUGCAUUUUGGGGCCUUUCUGUGUUACUUGCCGAUCAAAAAUACAGCAUGCAUGGCUUUUAUGUAGAUGGGUUUCCAAAGUUAAAUCGCUUUAUAGAACACCAUGACAAGAUAAUGAACAAAUUUUUGCCGAAACUGAAACGGAAGAUGGACAAAUGUGGCUGCGAUUCCAUACUCUAUGCAUUGAAGUGGUUUUUUGUUAUCUUUCAAGAGAGAGUAGGUUUUCUUUUUAAAUCUGAUAAAACUGUCUUCUCUGUUGGAAGGCGAAGCGAGGAAUUUAGCGAAGCUCAACAUGUAAUGCGAGAAUCCGUGGCACAACGUAGGGACAUGGCACUGAUCGACGACGACAGGGAGAGUACUACGCCUGUCGAACCGACCAGUGGCCUUGGCGGAAGUAAAUUUUCUUUCGAUCCAAGUCUCGAUGAAGGUGCGUCUCCUAACGGCUCUCGCCGGUCAUUGGCUGAAACAUCGGUGACAUCGACAGCUGACCUGUCGGUGUUCAGCUCGGCAACGCGUUCUCAGGCUCUGGACAACAGCCUAGACACUCAAAGCAAUAUUUCAAACGCGAGCUCAGGCAGCGGCGGAUUGCCGACGCCGCGGGCGACGCCGCAUCAACCUAGCCCGGACGUGGUGCGAAUUUAUGUACCAUACACGUCGCCCAUGUCAGCGGUGGCUUCCUACAAGGACGAUCUACCGCGCACACUGCCGCGCUCUCUGGACACUAACAAGAUCCGUAUUCGUGUCGAUCCGGAUCAGACGCCCAUCGUUGAGAACCUAAAGCCGUUCACGCUGGAAAGCCCAGAAGUGGAAUUGGACUUGAAAUAAAGUGAGUUGAUCGGAGCUGAUCAGUGUGGAUAUGAAGUUGCGAAUGACUGUAAUGUGCAUACGAUAGUUUGAGCGUUCUAGAAGUCGCACUAAAAGGGCAAUAUACAUGAUAUUAGAUAUCUAUUCUAAAAUAUUUAUUCUUUUUUCUUUUUUGAUUAAAUAUUCAAUGUCAGUAUUAUCAAGUAUAAUGAGUAUUUUUAAUAUUCUGAUUCAAGCAUUUAAUAUACCUUCGUUUGCCUCUCUUGAAAGUAAAAUAGCUGAUCUAAGUCUCUUAUGCCAAAUAUAUGUCGAAGAUUUAAUAUUAAAAAUGAGAUAUCUGCUAAAUCUUUGAGUAUGACUCUCAUUUUUAAGAACAAUGCGCGACUUCUGGUAUAUAUCUGGCAUAUUUUGUAUAUCCUGCAACAAAUCGCGCGUAUGUGACAGAAAAAAUAAUGACAAAUACGAAAGUUGACGUGUUAAAUCUCGAGAAAUCUCUCUUUAUAGAAAGCGUCAAUUGAUGAAUUAAGAUUUAGAAAUGAGAGAAAAAUUAACACAAAAUGUACUGUUUCUAGAACGUAAUCUUAAAUAUACUUGUGAACUACGAUAUAAUCUUUGAUAUCCGUUCUUAUAAAUUUCAAUUUAAAAGAAAAAUUGUAAGAAUCAAUUGUAUUUCAAUUUUAGAGAAUCUAUAGAAAGAUCAAUAAUUAAUUACAUUCCAACUUAUGAAAGGAUUGGAAAUCCUAACUUUCAAAAAGAUUAAAGAUCUAAGUGUUUCAAUUUAAAAAAAUGUUAAGCAAAACAGAAUUUAUAACGCUUCAAUUUACAAAGAUUAAAAGAAACGAAAGAUUGUCGUUGCAUUUUGGCUUAAUUUACGUUUCAUAAAUAUUAUAUUGCAUAACAUGUCUUUAUGUAGACACAGUAAACGGAGUAUGGUAUCGUUGAACCGAUGUCAACAAAUGAUAUAGAAGAACAAGAAGAGUACGGAUAUUUUCUUUGUCUCUUCUUGUAUAUGCAAGACAAUAAUUUUAGAUGAAAUUUUGUAAGCAAAACAAUAGGAUAUAAUAUGUAUCCUAUUAUAUACUUAUUUCCUUAACUGGUCAAUUAAGCAAAAAUAAUUAAAUGUGCAAUAAGAAAAUCUUUGUAGCUUCGUAAAUGUCUAAUUAUAUACUUUUUUUU